AUGGAAGCCAACUACUCCAUCCCUUUGAAUGGAACAGAAAUGGUGGUCUAUGAUUCUAUCACCUCCAAAGUUUUGUGGAUCCUCUCAAUGGUGGUCAUCUCCAUCACUUUUUUCAUCGGGGUGCUGGGUAAUGGGCUUGUGAUCUGGGUAGCUGGAUUCCGGAUGACUCACACUGUCACAACGAUCUGUUAUCUGAACCUGGCUUUGGCUGACUUCUCUUUCACGGCUACUCUACCAUUCCUCGUCACCUCGAUGGCCAUGAAAGAAAAAUGGCCUUUUGGCUGGUUCAUGUGUAAAUUAGUUCACAUUGUGGUGGACAUAAACCUAUUUGGAAGUGUCUUCCUGAUCGCGCUCAUUGCCUUGGACCGCUGUAUUUGUGUCCUUCAUCCAGUCUGGGCUCAGAACCACCGCACUGUGAGCCUGGCUAGGAAGGUGGUAAUUGGACCCUGGAUUCUUGCUCUCAUCCUCACAUUGCCCAUUUUCCUCUUCUUGACUACAGUUAGAGUUCCAGGAGGGGAUGUGUACUGCACAUUCAACUUUGCGUCCUGGGGUGACACAGAUAUGGAACGUUUGAACGCAGCUAUCACUAUGCUAACAGCUAGGGGGAUCAUUAGGUUCGUUAUUGGAUUCAGCAUGCCCAUGUCCAUCGUUGCCAUCUGCUAUGGACUCAUUGCUGCCAAGCUCCACAGAAGAGCCCUUGUCAAUUCCAGCCGUCCCUUACGCGUACUUACUGCAGUUGUGGCUUCCUUCUUUAUCUGUUGGUUUCCCUUUCAACUGGUGGCUUUUUUAGGCACAGUCUGGCUCAAAGAGACUCUUAGUGGUGGGUAUAAAAUUCUUGACAUAUUGGUUCACCCAACAAGCUCAUUGGCCUUCUUCAACAGUUGCCUCAACCCAAUGCUUUAUGUUUUUGUGGGACAGGACUUUAGAAAAAGACUGAUUCAUUCCCUGCCUUCCAGUCUGGAGAGAGCCCUGAGUGAGGACACUGCCCAGACCAGUGGUACAGGGACCAAAUCAGCUUCAUCUCUGGCAGACAUUGAGAUAAAGGCAAUCUGA